GCAACGUACCCUAUGCGAAUAAAUCUCAACUGCACAGAAUGAAAUCCGCUUAUUGAAAUUGCGUGGAAAUUUCAGUUCCAUUCUCCCAAAGCAAAGGGAAUCCUAGUCAGAGGCCACGUCAGCAUUGAAUCGCGACCCUUGGUUUGAUAAAUACACGCAUCACUCUAUUUAUUAUCCGCCAUUAAUUUUGAACGCGUCACUUAAAACAACAAUCAUCGUCAUAGCUUCUCUUAUGUGUGUUCUGUAUCUUGUAAAAUUCACAUUCUUCUAUUUUUUAAUUAUCAUUUAAAAAAAAACCAAAAAAAAAAGCACGAACCCACUUGCCUGUUUCCGUUUUCUCAUUCUCUAGUUUCUUCUGAGUGUUGUUCGACGUUUCUUCUCCUGUCAUCCUCCCGGAAGAAGAUGGCGUCGUCAUUAGGCAUUGCCUGCGGCGGAAACAACCAUUUCGCCGCUGGAAUUUGUGGUCAGAAGAGGUGCGAUGUCAAUCGAGUGGUAUCGUGUUCCAUCGCGAUUGGUGAUUGGACUCGAUCGACGGUGAGGAAAGGGAGAAUCUCGGCGGCGGCGGCGACUGUGACAGCGAGAGGACAAGAGAAUUUUAGGACGAUUGUGGAACGGCAGGGGAAGCGCGGGGGAGAGAGGAGCGACGCCGUUGAGGCUCAGGAGAAGCUUGAUAGGUGGAUGAGGGAUUCAGUGGUGGAGAUUGUGAAGAAUUUGAAGGAAGCGCCGUUGCUAGUGCAAGUUUUUACAAAGAGGAAGGGUGAAACGGUGACGCUGGCGACGGAGAAGGAAUUGGUGGUGGGUGAUUGGGAAACGGUGAAGGAGAGAUGGGAGACGGGGGAGACGCCGUUGCCGGAGGGUGUUAUAUUUGUGGAGGAGUUGGGCGGUGAUGAGGCGGAGGAUGGUGGCGAAAGUGGGAGAAAAGAAAGAACUACGAAGGUAUGGGGGGUAGUUGUUCAGGGGAAAGGUGUCGGGUGUGACCCGGUUUGUUAUUUGUUGAAAACGAGUCGGGUUGGAUCCGGACCCGGUACUGGAAUGGGUGUUUUCUCGACCCACUUUUGCUUGGUGAGAGUGAAGAGUUUCAGGGAAACCGCACAGUCUCAACUUAAGAAUAGUUGGCUAUUGCAAAGUCACUGGCUACAACAGUGAUCCAUUUAAUUUAUAUAUUCAUAUUGUAUAGUUUUUAAAAGCAAUUUUUUUUUAAGUUGCUACAAUUUUAGUAUAAAUCAAAGAUGUGGAUCUGUACAGGACUAAAGCCAAUAUUAUUUGCUCUAAUUUGAUUGAUCGAUCGAUCAAACCAUCAAAACACCACUUGUUUCUAGGGGAUUUUUAUUUGUUUGUUUUAUUGAUCAUUAUGGGAUUCAAUUCAAGAUUGAAUACAUGUUGUUCCGCAGUGAUGCAAUUGUAGUAAGUAUCUUUGUGGAUCUAUAUACACAAGGAAUAUGAAUGGAUCAUGUGCACAAUGUGAAAUAGUUCUUUAUAAAUCUUACUCGAUUCUUCUAGUA